CUGCUUUCAUCGACGCCCUGUGAUUUGACCAGCGACUUUCCGCGCAGGCGACCCCGUGUUUGUACGGUUCUUUCGGUCUCCGACGCUCAUUAUCAACACACGACGAGUGGCGUGAGACUUGCUGGAGAAGAAAGGCUUGAUCUAUUCCAGCCGUCCACGUACUGUUCUAUUUUCUGAGUUAAUGCAAUGGGACAGCUCUGUAUUCCUUCCGUAUGACAGUGAGUCACGACGGAAGCAGCGCAAGUGGAUUGAAAGCGCAUUCAAUGAUAAAGCUGCGUUGCAAUCCUACGAGCCCAUCAGACAGAGGGAAACAUACAAGUUACUUCACUCUCUGAUGAAUGAACCAGAGGGAUUUGCUAUGCACGUCAAGCGGUUCGUCGCAGCGUUGCUAACAGAAGUUACAUAUGGUCACACAAUCAAGUCGCUGGACGACCCAUACCUCUUAUUAAUGGACAGAGCAACGCGCGGGACGUCCGAAGGCGGGGCAGCAGCGGCACUGGUCGAUUUCUUCCCCGUAUUGAGGUUCAUUCCCUCCUGGAUGCCCGGCGCGGGUUUCAAGCGACACGCCCUCAAAGUCCGAGAGAUAAUACACCAAGCGACAUCAUUACCGUACCACGAUGUCAAAGACAAAGUGCUAGCAGGGACGGCGAGGACGUCCCUUGUUGCAUCGCUUUUACAGGAGGCACGAAGGAACGGCACACUCGCUCAAGAUGAACGGGACAUAAUGGCUGCUGCUAGCACUAUCAACGGUGCGGGGUCGGAUACGACAAAAUCCGUCCUUGCUUCAUUCGUGCUAGCAAUGGUCGUCUAUCCCGAAGUCCUGGAGAAAGCACAAAACGAGGUUGAUCGUGUAGUCGGUGUUGAUCGCUUACCCCAGAUCGAAGACCGGGGCAAGCUUCCAUACAUCGAAUGUAUCAUUACCGAAGCCCUCCGCUGGAGCUCGCCGGUUCCUCUAGGAAUUCCGCACUGCUUAACCGAAGAUGACAACUACAGAGGAUAUAUCAUCCCUCGAGGUUCGACCGUCCUGGGGAACAUCUGGGCAAUGACUCAUGACGAAGAGACGUACUCUGACCCAUCCAUAUUUCGGCCAGAGCGCUUCCUCAAUAUGAAGGCAGAAGUGAUGGAGACUGCCGACCCUCGUGCUGCUGUCUUUGGAUUUGGUAGACGCAUAUGUCCCGGGCGUUACUUCGCGGACACCAAUAUAUUCAUGGCAGUGACGAGCAUAGUGGCGACGCUGAACAUCGCGAAAGCGCGAGACUCAACCGGCAAGGAGAUUGUACCAUCCAUCGAGUUUUGUUCUGGUCUCACUCGCCAUCCGCCUGAGUUUGUGUGUUCUAUCACGCCUCGAUCACAGCGGGCAAUGGACAUGGUCUCCAAGAUGCUGAUGAGUCUAUCAGAUUGAUACACGAGUGUUAAAAAAACCUGGCAUAGUGGUCCACUAACAGACUUCGUCGUGUGUUAGUCUACGGCGGCCCUUCGUUUCAUUCAAUGCAAUCCCCUCGAUGAUGUACACACCUAUAUGUAUCUGCCUUCGGCGCCCAAUGAUAUGCCUUACAGACAGUGUUCGAACGCGCCACUCUCAAGCGGUGCUAGCAAUCAAUUCUGCAGCUUGUUGCGACCGCGCUUUGAUUGAGCAUUGGAAGUGGACGGGACAGCUAGU